GCCAUGGCUGGAAAUAUCUGUGGGGUGGAAAUAUCUGUGGGGGUAUAAAGCGCGUUGACAGCUUGUUUGCAAACAGACCCAUGUGUGCAUGUGGGAGCAUUCAAUUGACAGGUAUACUGAGGAAACGUCUUCAGCCACAGCAGGUGAAGAGAAAUGUCUCUUUCAGACAUGGCUCUGGAUUUUGGAUGCCAGCUCGUGCCCCACAUGAAGGCAGCACUAGCACAGAUGGCAUCCAGGAAGAUGUGAGGGGUCUCCUUGUAAUGACCACCCUGACAUUAACAGUGAUUCAACAGCACCAGGGGCUUUGAAAACAACCCCCCAUGAGGUGAAUCAGCCAGGGCUGGUGUCUGUGGGCACUGGAGCAGCUGGUGUGGAGCUGGGGCUGUGCUUGCACCUGCAGCCUGAGGUGAGUGGUCUGGUGGGACAGUGACAGUGAGAUCAGAUGACUUCCUUUAGUCUCAUCCUUGGGGAUUUUAAAAACAAGAGGUUAAAAAGCAAUCCCUGUGAUAAGAAACAGAAGUCCCUUUUUGUUCACUGUCCGUAUAAGGUUAAGAACAGUGUAAAUCAGUAACUGCAGCUAUGUUUAAAGAAAUAGUUUACGUAAGUGAAACUAGUUAUAAGGAACAAAUAGUGUUGCAAUCAGUACUUAUAAGGUUGCGUAAGAACUUUUUGCAGCCCAAGUCAAGAAGAAGACACUGAGGAAGACUCGUGAGGGCCUUUAUCAACGACCACCAGAAGGUAGAAAACGAACCCCUAUCAACUGCCGGAGUAUGCGCGAUAAGCACCAAGAGGAUGAGACAACAAGAAGAGCGGGUGCUUAAAAAGAGACCUGAAAACCCCGGUCAGCGCGGCAGUUGGUGGAGCGGUGACUCCCCUGUCGCCCAGCGCUGCAUUUUGCUUUUCUUUCUAAUAAAUUGCUAUUUUAAUUGGCUAAAAUGGCCCGUUGUGCUCAUUGAUAACAAUCCCUACUUGGGAUAAUAGUCCCCUUGGGUUAACACCAGAAGAGAGAAGUGCCUGGCACAGCUGCUGGGAGCAGUGCCCUGGUCCUGCCCUCCCUGUCCCAGCCGGGGCAGCCAUUGGCCCCAUGGCCAUCGUGUGCCUCAUCAGUCCCAUCCGUGCUGAGCUGCAGCCACAUGGCUGAGGGUAGAUGUGAAAUGACACCUCUGCAGGAGAGCUGUGAUGGUUGCUGUCUCACCCCAGGCAGAGGCUUCAGAGGUGCGAACACAUCCUGUUUACAUCUGCCACCAAGGCGGGCAGGCUGAGGAGCGCACGGCUGAGGCACGGUCGGAGGGAGCGCCGAGCACCGGGAGAGCAGCUCGGCAGGAGACGGCCCUGGCAUGGACACGGUGCCCGUCUACCACGGGGCCAUCAGCCGGGAGGCCGGGGAGAAGCUGCUGCUGGCGGCGGGCACGGAUGGCAGCUACCUGCUGCGGGACAGCGAGAGCAUCCCGGGAGUCUACUGCCUGUGUGUGCUGCAUCAGGGUUAUGUUUAUACCUACAGAGUGUCCCAGACACAAACUGGAUCCUGGAGUGCUGAGACAGCACCUGGGGUCCACCGGCGGCUCUUCCGGAAAGUGCACAACCUCAUUUCGGCCUUCCAGAAACCCAACCAAGGCAUUGUAACACCCCUGCAGAACCCAGUUGUCAACCACAUGAGAGCCAACUGCUCCCCAGGUACUGGUGGGGGUACGAAACCUUGGCUGCAGCUGAGCAGAGCCGAGCCCUCCCUGGUGGCAGGGAUAGGGGUCUUAGACUUAUUUGUGUGUUUGACCUGAACUAGCCAGCAGAGUGACGCUGCCAAAAAUGUGCCGUAACUUUGCUAUCGUGUGAGUUGAAAUGCUGUCACUCAGGUGCUCAUUGUAGGCAGGGCUUGUCAAUGUAGUAAGAAAAUGGAUUUUGGAUAUGUAUUCUUGAGUGCUGCGGCAGCAAUGGCUGCCUUCCCUCACCACCACCCUUGCUCAUGGAGGUACGAGACUUCUGGACUGUCCAUUUUCUUACAGUGUUCAUCUGUUCAUGUAUUUGUGAUUAUUU